CUUUUAACCCAUUCCUUUCUUUUUACUAUUACCUUGUACACCAUUAUCCCCCCUCACAUUCCUUUUAUUUAUUUAUUUAUUACAUUCAUUCAUUAUCAAAACUCAUUUAUUAUGUCAAUUAACAAUGAUACAACUGAUUAUGCUUCUGUCACUUCCAAACUCAGUCCCGAGACUUCUCCGUCUACUACUACCAUUACUGCGACUGUUAUCAACAUGACCCCAUUACCUCAUCGCGAUCCUAACAAUCCUUUUGCUUUCACUGUACAACAACUCACUUCUCUUGUCGAUCGAAAGGAUUUGACUUUUUUACAACAAAUACAAGGAGUGGAAGGACUUGCUCGUGGACUUCAUUCUAGUUUAACGCGUGGUAUUAUGAUUGAUCAACAAAGGAACUCACUUUCAAAGAAACUUAAUGAAGACUAUAGAAUCAAUGAUAUCAAACAACUUCAACAAAUACUCUUUGAUGAAUAUCCUGACUCAACAACACCAUCAACAACUAUACCAACUAUUCAUCAACGUCAACAUGCCUUUGGUGCCAAUAUUUUACCCGAAAUGGAUAGCAACUCGUUAUUACAACUGAUGUGGAUUGCGUUUCAAGAUAAAACAUUGAUCCUUCUUACAAUUUCAGCCAUGAUUUCAUUUAUUGUUGGCAUCUAUGAAGAUAUGACAACUGUUGAUCUGGAUAAUAAUGGUAAUCCUAUUCCUGGAGUCAAAUGGGUGGAAGGUGUUGCUAUUCUUGUAGCUGUCUUACUUGUCGUUGUGGUUGGAAGUGUCAAUGAUUAUCAAAAAGAAGAACAAUUUAGGAAAUUGAAUGCAAAAAAGGAUGAUCGACAUGUCAGUGCGAUUCGAUCAGGUCAACCUUGCUUUCUCUCCAUUUAUGAUAUUCAAGUUGGUGAUGUUUUAUCUUUGGAACCUGGAGAUAUUGUUGCUGCUGAUGGUAUAUUUAUUCAAGGCCACAAUUUGAAAUGUGAUGAAUCUGCUGCUACUGGUGAAUCAGAUGGAGUACGAAAGGCUUCUUGGCAAGAUUGUAUCAAGGCAAGAACAUUAGCCUCCACGGAUCAUGAUACUUUGGAAGAAAAAAUAUCUCUUAUUCCUAAUGAAACAUCUAAUCAACAUUUUGAACGAAAACAGUUACCUGAUCCUUUCCUUGUCUCUGGUAGUAAGGUAUUAGAAGGUAUCUGUACUUAUAUGGUCACUGCUGUUGGUAUUCAUUCCUUUCAUGGACGUACUCUUAUGGCUUUACGUGUCAAAUCUGAAAUUACCCCUCUUCAAGAAAAACUCAAUGUUUUGGCUGAAAAUAUUGCAAAACUUGGUGUGACAGCUGCUGGUUUCUUGUUUAUGGUCUUAUCUAUUCGUUCUGUUCUCGCUUAUUUAAAUGCUGAUCCAUCUACUGAUCCUACUACUGUUAUCUCUCAAUUGAUUCAUAUACUAAUUACAACUAUUACUGUUGUUGUCGUUGCUGUGCCUGAAGGUCUUCCAUUGGCUGUUACUCUAGCUUUGGCUUAUGCAACUCAACGAAUGCUCAAGGAAAACAAUCUGGUGCGUAUACUAGCUGCAUGUGAAACCAUGGGAAAUGCCACCACUGUAUGUUCGGACAAAACUGGGACACUAACUCAAAACAAGAUGACCGUUGUGGCUGGUACAUUUGGCUCAUCAUUUCGCUUUCGAAAGGAUCCUCCUGUUUAUCGUACAGACUUGAUUGAUCUUGACAACAUUCGACGACGUAUUCCUCUCUCAGUACGAUACUUUCUUAAUCAAGCUAUGGCAGUCAACUCUACAGCAUUUCGACUUCCCAACAACAACAACAAUAAUAAUAAUAAUAGUGAUAGAUGCGAUGUGACACUAGUUGGCAACAAAACAGAAACUGCUAUGCUCAAUUUUUCUCGCGAUCAUUUGGAUUCUGAACCUUUUGAAUGUCUUCGUGCUUGUUGGCCUGUGGAAGUGGUAUUUCCUUUUGACUCCAAAAUCAAAGCUAUGGGAACAGUGAUUCGGGUAAAUUAUGAUCAUCCUACUGAACGAACUAUUUAUCGUUUACAUAUCAAAGGUGCAGCUGAAGUCUUACUUUCACGGUGUUCACAUUUACUCUCGAUGCAUGAUCAUUCUUACGACACUCAUCAAGCAAUGGAAGAAAAAGAAUCAUGUCGAUAUGAUAUUAGAACAAGGGUUAUGACAGAACACAAUCAUGCAAGGAUGUCAAAAAUUAUUCAAACAUAUGGAAACAACAGUCUUCGUACUAUUGCAAUCUGUUAUCGUGAUUUUGAUUCUUGGCCUACCAACUGGACUCUUCAAGACGUGCUCACAUCUGGUGGAUUGACAAUGCUUGGUGUUGUUGGUAUUGAGGAUCCUUUACGUCCUGGGGUCAAGCAAGCAGUGAUGGAUUGUCAAAAUGCAGGUGUUUGUGUUCGGAUGGUUACUGGUGAUAAUAUGAUGACAGCAAAAAGUAUCGCAAGAAAGUGUGGUAUCUAUCGCUAUGGUGAUUUGGCAAUGGAUGGCGCUACAUUUAGAAAACUUUCCCCUGCACUACGAACCAGUCUUCUCCCUCAUCUACGUGUUUUGGCAAGAUCUAAUCCUGAAGACAAACGACUCCUAGUACAAUCUCUUAAAUCACAAGGCGAUAUCGUGGCAGUAACUGGUGAUGGUACCAAUGAUGGACCUGCUCUCAAAGCAGCGGAUGUUGGAUUCAGUAUGCAAUCUGGUACAGAAGUGGCCAAUGAAGCAUCCAGUAUUAUUCUUAUGGACAAUAAUUUUUCAAGUAUAGUACGUGCCAUCUCUUGGGGUCGAUGUGUCAAUGAUGCAGUUAAAAAAUUCCUUCAAUUUCAACUGACGGUGAAUAUCACAGCAGUUCUUUUAACCAUUGUAUCUGCACUGACAAGUAGUAAUCAGAAAUCAAUUCUGACGGCGGUACAACUCCUCUGGGUGAAUUUGAUUAUGGAUACUUUUGCUGCCUUAGCCUUGGCUACAGAUACACCUACACCAAAACUUCUUCGUCGAAUGCCUGAACCUCGAUCUGCACCUUUGAUCAAUACAUGUAUGUGGAAAAUGAUUAUUGGACAAGCGAUUUAUCAACUGGUUGUUAUGACUACGCUCUUAUAUACCAAUGCUUUACAAAUUCAAGAUCCGGUUAUAUUACAAACAAUGAUAUUCAAUUCCUUUGUCUUUUGUCAAAUCUUCAAUGAACUCAAUUGUAGAAGAAUUGAUAAUGGUCUCAACAUCUUGAAAGGAGUAAUUAAAAAUCGAUUCUUUAUGGUGAUUUUCACGAUAUCUGUUUUGGGUCAAGUAGCGAUUGUGGAAUAUGGUGGCACAGCGUUUCAAACAUGUCCAUUGAAUGGAUCACAGUGGAUGAUAUGUAUAUUACUUGGAUUUUUGUCUAUUCCCAUUGGAUCAAUGAUUCGAUUAGUACCUGAACAUAGUCUCUUCUUUUAUAAUGGUGGUGAACACUUAUCUUCCCCUUCUCGGUAUACAUCUUUGGCUGGAUCUUCCUAUGACUUUAUUGAUGAACCUAUUAAUUUGAUUGGCUAUGGUGCAAAGGAUUAAUUUAAUGUCAGUUAUAGAAAGGCCGUGACGGCAUUGUUAUUAUUAUUUAUUAUUUUUGUCUUAUAUUUUGAAAAUAAAAAUAUUCCACUGGUCGAUUUUUUUUUCCUUU